ACAGAUAGAAAUUCAAAACCACAUAUUUUCACAUAAUGACACACAAUACUAUAUUAAACACCUAAUCAUACCCAUAUUACGGACCAAUUAUCAUAUUACGGAGUAGGGGUAUCACAGUUACAUCAAAGGUUUUGAAGGUAUACAAUUGCAUGUCAAGCUUUGCAAGCAGUACCAUUGUUAUGUUAUGAUUGCUGAAUGGUGAUUAUUGUAACCUCUUUCUAGACUCUGGAGAACAUGUAUCUUGAUUCAAAUGAAUAAUUUCUCUAAAUAUUAUCUAAAAUAGGAACAGCUGCUAUGGAACUUCCGCCAGUUUGAGUAACUCUGUGGCUACAGAAGCUGUAUUUUUUAUUUUCUUCUGUUUUUCAAACUAUUAUCAGGAUAGACAACGAAUUUCUCUUGGGAUGAAGAAUUCAUAUUUUAUGAGCAAUUAUGACAUUCAAGCUCCUUCAAAGCAGAAGUAUGAUGAUGCCAUUGAGGAAAAAGAUCACAUGGUGAGUACUCAGUUAACAAUGUUGCCAGAUAGAGGCACAUUGGGGAUGCAGAAUUUGGACUUUGAAUGUGAAAAUGGGCAGCAUCUUCUUCUUGCUGAAGUGGAAGCGAGGGCUUCUAUUCUUCCACUUGAGGUCCCUCUCGAUGAUAUAGAGAAAUCAGACAUGGUUAAUGCUGCUUGUCAAAAUAUAGAGCACGUUGAUGAUGCUGAUGCUGAUGCUGUAGAUCAAAAGAAUAAAAGCCAGGCAAAGAAGAAAGCCAAUGAAGAGAGAAUGGAAAUUGUUCUGCUCAGGGAACGAGAAAUUAGGGCUGCUGAAGAAAGGCUAUUAGAGAAAGAUAUUCCAAGAAGUGCUGAUGAAUUUGAGAAAGUGGUUAGAAUUUCCCCAAAUAGCAGCUUUGUCUGGAUAAAGUACAUGGCAUUUAUGCUUUCUUUGGCUGAUGUUGAGAAAGCCCGCUCAAUUGCUGAGAGGGCUUUGAAGACAAUAAACAUCCGAGAAGAAUCUGAAAAGUUGAAUGUAUGGGUGGCUUAUUUUAAUUUAGAGAAUGAAUAUGGAUAUCCUCCAGAGGACGCCGCUUCAAAAAUAUUUGGAAGAGCAUUGCAGUAUUGUGAUCCCAAAAAGGUGCAUCUGGCACUGUUGGGAAUGCAUGAAAGGAUUGAGCAACACAAGUUGGCUGACGAGCUUCUCAGCAAAAUGAGCAAGAAGUUCAAGCAUUCAUGCAAGGUUUGGUAAGGCGGAUUCAGUGGCUUUUGAAUCAAAAUCGGGAUGAAGUUCAGUCUAUUGUAAAACGAGCUGUUGUAUGCCUUCCCCAUUAAGUUCCUCUCGCAAGCAGCUAUUCUAGAGUUCAAAUGUGGGGUUCCUGAUAGAGGGCGAUCCAUGUUUGAGGGAAUGCUUCGCGAGUACCCAAAGAGAACAGAUUUGUGGAGCAUUUAUCUUGAUCAAGAAAUUUGACUUGGUGAUGUGGAUGUGAUUCGUGCAUUAUUUGAGAGGGCAACAAGUUUGAGCCUG